GGAUGCCAGAUCUCGCCAUGGCCACCGCCGGAGCUCGCCUCCUGCUGCUCCUCGCCGUCGCGGCACCCCUCGCCCUCCCCUCCGCCGCGGAGAUCAGGUCCGAGUCCUUCCACGAGGACCCUCGCCACACCAUCCUCUUCGAGAAGUUCGGCUUCUCCAAGACCGGCGCGGUCCGCAUCAUCCUCUCCGGCGCCGCCGUCUCCUCCUCCUUCGCGCGGGCCGACCCCAAGCAGAUCGGCUUCUUCCUCCUCGCCGACGAGUCCCUCCUGGAGGCCGUCGCCGAGUCGCGGGACCCGAAGCCCAAGGCCGAGCCGGAGGACCCCAGCGGCGCCGACGAGCCGGACCUCUCCGGCUGCGUGCUCUCCAGCCCCUACGUCAAGACCCUCUUCACCUUCCACGACAUGGAGGGCGGCCACUACAACAAGUCCUUCCCCGUCACCCACCCCGACGAGUACAGCCUCUACUUCGCCAACUGCGCGCCGCAGUCGCUCGUCUCCAUGGCCGUCCGCACCGAGAUGUACAACGCCAACCGGGACGGCUCCAAGGACUACCUCCCCGUCGGCCAGGCGCCCGUGCCGGCCAUCUACGGCUUCGCCGCCUUCUGCUACGCCGCGUUCCUCGCCGCCUGGCUCCACCUCACCCUCUCCCGCGACCGCGCCUCCGCCAACCAAAUCCACCACCUCAUGUCCGCGCUCCUCGUCGCGCGCCUGCUCUACUGCCUCUCCGCCGCCGAGGACCAGCACUACAUCCGGGUCACCGGCACGCCGCACGGCUGGGACGUCGCCUUCUACCUCUUCCAGCUCGUCAAGGGCGUCAUCCUCUUCGCCGUCAUCGUGCUCGUCGGCACCGGCUGGUCCUUCCUCAGGCCGUUCCUGCAGGACCGGGAGAAGAAGGUGCUCAUGGUCGUCAUCCCGCUGCAGGUCAUCGCCAACAUCGCCGCCGCCGUCAUCGGCGAGACCGGCCCCUUCUGGCAGGGGUGGGUCACCUGGAACCAGAUCCUGAUGCUUGUCGACGUCGCCUGCUGCUGUGCUGUUCUCUUCCCGGUCGUCUGGUCCAUGCGGGCGCUCCGCGAGACGUCCAAGACCGACGGCAAGGCGGCGCGCAACCUGUCCAAGCUCACCCUGUUCCGGCAGUUCUACACCGUGGUGAUUGGGUACCUCUACUUCACUAGGAUCGUAGUGUACAUGCUCAGCACCAUUGCCAGCUACCAGUACCGAUGGGUGAGCGUCUUUUCCGAGGAGGUGGCCGCCAUGGCCUUCUACCUGUUCAUGUUCUACACGUUCAGGCCAGCGGAGAGGAGCCACUACUUUUCACUCCACGACGAUGACGAGGAAGAAGCCGCGGAGAUGGUGCUCCGGGAAGAGGAAUUCGAGUUGUGAUGUUUUGCAACGAUGCCUUCGACACAAUUGCUCCCCUGGCCCCCUGUUUAUUUUGAUCUUCCCUCGGCUCUGUAAAAUCUAGCAUGGUACUUAUACAAAUCUCAGGUAUAGCACACCAUCUUGUAUGUAUGUACUGCAGGGAUGUAGUAAGAUUUACUACCUGUUCCUCUUUUCGUGUAGCUUCAAAUUUUGCUGAUGAGACGCAGGAUACUUAAUGGGAUACAUACAAAGAGGUUCUUGCUUGAAUUGAAGUGCAUAUAUAGAGAUUUAGCUGAGCAAUGUUGAGGCCAAGUU